GCCCCACCUGUGUAUAUGUAUUGUGCUUUAUCAAACAUUAAUUGCUAAAACUUGGUCGUAUUUGAUAAGCGCAAUCUGCUUCCGUCAGUACAUGUUAUCUCUUCACAUAAAGACGAGUGAGAUUAAUUGAUACUCCUUGAAUUUAUCGAAUUUAUCGUUUUCGUAUUUUUCAUAUGAUCAUAUCAUAUCAUUCUCAGCACAUGCAUUUAAUACGAUUAUCUCUUGUUGUUCCAUGUUAUAUAAUUUUUUCAAUUUUCUCUAACAUAAUGUAACUGGUGCAAAGUGAUAAACGAUAACGAGAUCGCGGAGAGAAUAGUAAUUUGGCUCGUUAUCCGACUACUUCCGUAUACAGUUACGAAUUAUCUCUGUUACACUUUCUCGAAGGGAUUGCCAUCGCUAAUGAUGACGUACUUAACAAUAUUAAAAUAAUAAUAAACAAAAUAAAAAGGAAGCAAAGAGCGAAAAACGUAUCGACGCACGCUUGGUGCGCGUUCCAAAGUUUUUUCUUAUGUUAGUAGUGAACAGUAGCAUGGGCUCCAAAUCCUCGAUAGUCUAAAUACCCGAGAUGGAUCAUCAUCAGUAUCGUAUAAUGUAGGCCGAAAUGAUUCGGUAGUUGGUCAUGUAAUUCGGUACAUGGACAUAUCAUCUGGGAAUCGUUCGUUUCGGGCCUUUCCCUCCUGAUUUCGUGCUCUCUUGCUACAUCCUUGUUCGCUGACCUUUCGAUCCCCACUUGAAACCCUUUUACAGCCACCUGCGUAUAUUUAUUUCAAGACAAAAGAAGAUAUGUGCCAUAUAGCAGCAACCUUUGCGAAAUUCGCGAUGUCCAUUGAUCUACGUUACUACCGUGCCCCGACCGGCGAUAAAUCCUUGUUACGUCCGUGACGGAUGAUAUUUUUAUCUGACAUUUUCGAAGAAAUUUGUCUGGAGGUCUGCAACGUCGCGUUCAUUGCCGUUCGAAAGGGUAUUUUUACGUAUUUAACGCUUUCGAAUCGUGAAAAGCGCGUGGAAAGAAGAGGACACGAGUGUCGCGUGUCGACGACAAUCACUGGCAAACUUGUAAUCACACCUGAAAAUCUUCUCAAAGAACGAUCGAAGCAAGGUCAAUGACCAGCCUGUUCCAGAUUCAAGUAGGAACUCCACGUAGCCUAAAUUCUAACCGGAUUUCUUGGAACCGCAAGCGAGCAGAAUGGCUCUUUCGCAUUUGUUACAGAAAGCACGCGUUUUACGAGCGUAUCUAUGCGGCGUCUAACGUUCAGAACCGUGAUAGGAUUUGGUCGCAUAUCCGCUGGUUUUGAUUCUUUACAUAAUACACUCAUGUGUGUACAAAUCUAUCCUUAUACGUAUACAAAUAUGUAACUUUCACAUUACAAGUGCUUGUAACGUUACAUUGCAUGCAAAGCAUAAAGACAUCUUCGCCGAGGCAAGAAAUCUAAGCAUGAACAAACGCUUGAAAAAGAUUCAACGAUUGUAAAAUGUUUAUCUGUAUAAAUAAUUUGAUAAGGUUUUUUCUUAAUGAUAAAUUGAUCGAUGGCUUUUAAUUAAACGCGAGUAAACAUACUCCGAAAAAAAAUCGUUAUCCACUCUCUCUACUCGAAUGGAUCCUCGAGAGACAUACUAUGUCGGUCCUUCAUGAACCACUGACCCACUGGGACCGCUUGGAAAUAUCGGCGGGGUCGGUCCCGUCAGAAAACCUCGAGAAUAAUACGUUGGGCAGCAUCGAAUGACAAGAACUCGCGAUGAGUUUAUUUUACACGAUACUCUUUUUAUUCGUCUCUCUUCUCGCUUACAUUUUUUAUAAAACUCGAAAAGUGCAACGCCUGCCGCCCGGUCCUUGGCAACUUCCGAUCGUCGGUUACCUUCCAUGGAUCGACCCAGCGAAACCGCACGAAUCCCUUACGAAAUUAAGUAGAACUUACGGCCCUGUCUGCGGAAUUCGCAUGGGUUCUGUGUACACUGUUCUACUAUCGGAUCCGCAAAUAAUAAGACAGGCGUUUGCGAAGGAUGCGUGCACCUCCAGGGCACCUUUGUAUCUUACACACGGAAUAAUGCAAGGAUACGGUAUCGUUUGCGCUGAGGGUGACCGAUGGAAAGAUCAAAGAAAAUUUGUCAGUAACUGUUUACGAAACUUUGGAAUGGUAAAGUACGAUGGAAUCAGACGAGAAGGACUGGAAAAGAAACUAUCGAAUGCUGCUGAAGAAUGUGUAUCGAUGUUGAACAAAUAUGCUGCUAACGGGUCGAUCGAUCCUCUGAACACGCUUCAUCAUUGUAUGGGAAAUUUUAUCAAUGCCAUUGUGUUUGGCAAGACUUACGAGGAAGAUGAUGAAGUUUGGAAAUGGCUGAGACAUUUGCAGGAGGAAGGUGUGAAGGAGAUAGGUGUAGCUGGGCCGCUCAACUUUUUACCUUUUCUCAGAUUUUUACCGCACUUCGGGCGAACGAUGCGAUCCAUCGUCGAUGGAAAAGAGAAAACGCACGUGGUAUAUCGCGGUAUACUUGAAGAGCACCGAGCACGACUCGCGCAAACUUCGGAGGAUGAAGACACUCCCGAGAGCUUUUUAGCGGCGUUCGUCGAACAAAUGAGAAAAAGGAACGGGUCAGAGUCUGAAUAUUACACGGAACCUCAGCUUUAUCAUUUACUAGCGGAUCUUUUCGGUGCUGGAGUCGACACCACGUUAGCUACCUUCCGUUGGUUCCUUUUAUUCAUGGCUGCCUAUCCUAUGGAACAGGAAAAGGUACAAUUGGAAAUGGAUCGGUGCUUGAAAGAUGGUGAACAGCCUACUUUGAACGAUAGAACUGUCAUGCCGCGUCUCGAAGCCACCAUAGCCGAAGUGCAACGUAUAAGAAGCGUUACACCGCUCGGCUUUCCUCGCGGAACAUCAGAGGACACGAAAAUAGCCGGUUACGAUGUGCCGCGCGGUGCCAUGAUCGUACCGAUGCAAUGGACCAUUCACACCGACCCUGCUUACUGGCAGGAUCCUUUCGAAUUUCGACCCGACCGAUUCCUGGCUGAGGAUGGGAGCUUCUUCAAACCAGAACCAUUUCUCCCGUUUCAAAAUGGUAAACGCGUCUGCGUCGGAGAGGAACUCGCUAGAAUGAUAUUGUUUCUGUUCGCCGGGAGGCUACUACGAGCGUUCAUUGUAUCCGUACCAGCGGGUGAAACUGUCGACCUCGAAGGCGAGUGUGGUAUCACGCUCGUCCCGAAGCCGCAUCGCUUGGCGUUCAUUCCGCGGCGUCGAUGACCAGCAUCGCUCACUUUUUCACGUUCAUACAUUCGACAGCAAUAAACAUUUUUAAUACCUCACCUGGUCAGCUCGAAUCGUUCGAUCAUCCGUUUAGAAAGUUUUCGUCCAAACGAACGAGAUAAACGAUGGCCCUUUCAUUCCCCCCCUCUCUCUCUCUCUCUCCCUCUCUCUCUGUCUUCCUCUUCCUACCCGCUUGUCCUCUCUCUUCGAUUUCUCGCCGCCGCUGCCGCUUCGAUUUCUAUCUCUUUGUCUUCCUUCUUAAAUAGCUGUUGUUUAUUCUUGAUCAAACUAUGUCGCCCGUUCAUCCCGAAACCCAGCUUUCGCCCGUUGUUCUUUCUCCCCCUCUUCCAUUCUUUACAAUCGUGCACUCGUUAAAAUCUUUACGACACACGGAAGUCAUGCACCGUUUUUCUUUUCUGACUCUUCUUUCUCUUCUCAGAAACACGUAGGUACCGCAUGGCACAAUUUCGUACCUUCUGCAGUACAUUUUUCAUCGUUAAAUGACAAACAGGGAAGAGGAAUGUAAAAAUUUGAGAAAUUGUAGGUGGAAAUGAAACAUAUAAUUUCAAACUUACGAAGAACCACGAGUACAAUCGUAAUGUUCGUUUUCAUCAAGAAUAGUGUGACUCGUCGUAUAACGAAUCGCGUGCAUACAUGUACGGCAGUUUAUUUCUGUUAACUGUAAUGAAACGAAACGAAAAAAUCGGUCGAUUUGUUCCGUGCGAGACAAAGCGCACGCGCAUUUUCCAAUUAAAGCGAUAUACAAAAUUAAAGUACAACCAUGGUUUCUGUUUAAUGAUCGUUAGAAAAGAAGAUUAACAUUAAAUAACACAGAUUCGCUGGUGAACACAAUGCGGUGCUCCGCUAUUCGAGCAUGCCACAUGCAAAUUUCAUUACUGGUGAAUACAAACGAGGCAUCGACGCGGUGAUCUCUGCGUUGCAUAAAGGCUCGCCGUACGCAAAAGGAACGCACGCAUGCACGGCGCGCGGCGCGCGGUGACGGUACAAACGGGCGGUGACAUGGCGGGAGCGAAAGAAAACGGAGAACACGCGUCGCCGCCCCGUCGGCUUUCGCCGGACACACGACGAUGAAAAAAAAAUCUUUGGAAAUGAUUUUACGAUCGCGAUAUCACAGGGAUCUCGUCGGAGAGUCCCAUGUCCUAAAUUCGAAAUUCACAGCCUUAAUCUUUGCCCGCGCCCAAAACGGAUCGAGUUCGUUGCCGGUCUUGAAUUCUGAAACGCUAUACGUAACUAUACAUACAUACAUACGGACAUAUUUACAUACACUGUGUGCGCUGCUACCAUGCGAUGUCGCAAGAGCCUUGUUCUAACUUUCACGAAAAUCACUGUUCUAGGUCAACGGCUGCGCUCAUCCAACGCGCAGAGAAGGCCCUAACGAUCUAAUCCAUUCGAAUCUGGUCGCGUCGGAUACUUUCGAACGAUAAGGGAAAAGAGAGACACUAGGGGGGACACGAACCUCGCGCGCGCUCUCCUCAACCGCCACGAAUUUUCGGCAC